AAAUGAGCGGUUCAUCUGUCGUCAUUUCCUGAAACCAGGCGGGCGUUGCGACGCGUACGGCUCGUUGUCAACAAAUAUCUAACUUUAUUCGGUUUUAACCAUAUACAGUGACUACAGCAAGAUGCCCUGCCACAACCAGUCGUCAAAUGACGUUAGUACCGGCCAAGAACAUAACCUAACGAAGCAUGUUCGGUUCGCAGCGAGCAGAAACGCCAGCAGCAGCGGUCUGGUGGCGCCAUGCGCUGCAGCGGUGGAUGACGGCAAUAAACAGCCUUUCAACGGGAACUUACCGAAUGGAGGUGGGCUCGGCCCUGAUGUUUUAAACCUGGGACCUCAACUGAAACUGCUUCCUCUUAACAGUCAGAUACUAGAAUUACAGACCAUCAUCAGAGACAAGACAACCAGCAGAGGGGAUUUUGUGUUCUGUGCAGACCGACUGAUCAGACUGGUGGUGGAGGAAGGACUGAACCAGCUGCCCUACUCCGAGUGCACUGUGACCACUCCUACAGGACACAUGUAUGAAGGUGUAAAGUUUGAGAGAGGUAACUGUGGAGUCAGCAUCAUGAGAAGUGGUGAGGCCAUGGAGCAGGGUCUGAGAGACUGUUGUAGGUCCAUCCGCAUCGGGAAGAUCCUGAUCCAGAGUGAUGAAGACACCCAGGAGGCUAAGGUCUACUAUGCCAAGUUCCCCCCAGACAUAAACAGGAGGAAAGUGCUGCUCAUGUACCCAAUACUGAGUACAGGUAACACAGUGAUCGAGGCAGUGCAGGUGUUGAUUGAGCAUGGACUCCAACCCAAACACAUCCUCCUCCUCUCUCUCUUCUCCACUCCACACGGAGCCAAGGCCAUCCUCCAAGAGUUCCCAGAGAUCACCCUGCUCACCACAGAGCUGCACCCGGUCGCCCCCACACACUUUGGACAGAAGUACUUUGGCACAGAAUGACGAACACACCACACUAGACCUCACCACACUAGACCUCACCACACCAGACCACACCGCACUAGACCUCACCACACUAGACCUCACCGCACUAGACCUCACCACACUAGACCUCACCACACUAGACCUCACCACACUAGACCUCACCGCACUAGACCUCACCGCACUAGACCUCACCGCACUAGACCUCACCGCACUAGACCUCACCACACUAGACCUCACCACACUAGACCUCACCGCACUAGACCUCACCACACUAGACCUCACCACACUAGACCUCACCACACUAGACCUCACCACACUAGACCACACCACACUAGACCUCACCACACUAGACCUCACCACAUUGUCGUGUCUUUGGCUAUUGAGUGAUAUGACAUGCUAUUCUAUAAAAUCCUUUCUCUGUAAUUAAUAUUACCUGAUUAAGCUAAUCAGGUAAAUGUAAUUAACUACAAAGUCGGGGCACCACGGAAAAAUGUGUAAAGAGCUGUUAUCUUCUGAAUAAACUCUUAAAGACUUGGUAAUCUUUACAUCAAUGGCA